AUGUCAGAAGCUUCAAAGAAGGCGUGUAGCUGUAAUUUAAAGGACAGCGAUGCUGGCCCACCACAGCUGGCUGUUGGUCUUCCAUCCAGAAAAGAUGUUACAACAACAUCGAAACAGCCUGAUCUACCCGUUGAUGUUCUACUGUUAACCGUUAAGGACUGUGAGUUCUUAUCCUGUUACAAUGAGCUAAAAGAUCCCUACAGAUAUUAUUACAAGGAUGUUGGUUACGUUUACUUCAACAACGUUCAAAGUCAUGAAGAGAAAGUAAAAGUUGCUCUGCUAAGAUGCAGUGAAGGUGCCAUUGGCCCAAGCAGCUCUCUGAUUGCGGUCAAGAAUGCCGCCCCUAUUUUACAACCCAAGGCCGUGAUAUCUGUUGGGGUAUGCAGUGGUCUCAAUCCUGACAAAACCAAGUUAGGGGACGUUGUUGUAUCAGCCAAACUAACAACAUAUGGAUCCAAAGUGGUGACAAGCGAGCAAGACCAGUGGGCUGGCAUGAGUAGUCACGUUAGCAAGCUUUUCUCAAAAAUAAUCUUGAACUGCGCUGAUGGAUGGCAGGCACCUUUAAAGAACCCAGAAGAUCGUCAGGUCAAAGUUCACUGCAAUGGCGAGUUCUUAAGUGGCCCAGAGGAGAUCAGAGCUCAAUGGCGCCGAAAGGAACUUGUCGACCGCCAUCCCCUUGCGGCGGGAGUAGAGAUGGAGGGAGAAGGUGAGUGCAUGUCACGUUCUUAUACAGCUAUUUCAAUUAACGUUGUCGUAUAAAGGCUUCAGGCCUACGUCACCAGGACUCAAGGUUAUGUGGGUAGCUGUAGAUCCUUCAGUUGUAAUUCGGUCAUAAAGGUGCGGCUAACAGUACCAUAGAAUGCUUUUAAACGUCAUAAACGUUUACCUUCAUGGCUGGGAUUGGUAGAUAUUUAUGAAAUACACUGUAGUCCAGUUUCGAGUUCGCUAUGACCGCUAAAUAAAAGAAGGGAAGACGCAUUUUUUACAGAGUUAGCCUCCACCAAAAGUAAAUAUAUUCACAAUUUCCAACGAGAAGAAGACCUGGCGAAAUUUGUGAAUAUUUUUAAUACUUUAUGUCAAGGCUAACGCUGUAUGAAUGUGUCGUUAAUGUCGUCGAAAAAGGACUAUUAGCCGUAUUGCUUUGCAAUGUCAGCAGGUAGGCUUUUGACAUCUGUUUUGGGAAACAUGUGUCUCUAAAAGUUUUUGAAAGAGUAAAGCAGGUGCCACUUUGUUUUUUAGAACGAUGGGAGGACGCGCUCGAACGACGGGAGAAAAGGAGAGGAAUCCGGACUCCUCUCCCCUUCGCGUGUUUUUCUCGCGUGCUCUGAAAAAACGGACCAAAAGAACUAUCUGGAGCCUGCCACGCAGGCUAUUGAAGGAGCGACGAAAAUAUUUAUUUUGAAUACCUACAUGACAAUUACUUUAAGUAUUAGUGGUCCGAUGUACGGUGGAACCCCGCCUUCGGCCACCUCGAUAAUAGAUAGAUAGAUAUUCUGUUUAUUUCACCCACUUGCAGCAAUAACUGAAUUGUUGGGGAAGGUCAUUGUCACAUACAAUUAACCAUUUACAUACAUUCACUGAAAUUUAUAAGUUACAAAGUCAUUAAUUCUUCUGGUAUGACCAUGUUGACAUUUUGGAAGUUGGACCCUCAUACCGUAGUGAGACUCAAAAGCGGCAGGACAGGGGAUGAUGUUCUUAAGGGGGGGACAUUUGGCGUGCAGUAGCCAUAAACCGCUUACAAGCUCCUUCUCUCCUGUCACUAAGAGACUCCAGGCCGGCCAAGACCAAGGCUUCCGCAUAGUCUACCCGGCCAAAUAAUGUAGAAUCCAGUACAUAAGUAGCCAACAACCAAGAUAAUGAUGUUAGGUAACAUUGCGAGAUAAACUAAAGGUCCAGUAAGAACCAUAGAGUUAACAACACACUAAUUUAGACAGAGCACGAACUAACACAACUGGCAGCCAUUGGCGCCGCUGACCAAUACCGUCACCUCGUUAUUACGGCCACUUUUUUUCGGCCCCGCCAAAAGACCGCACCAUACUUUUUCUUAUUUGAAAAAAAAAUGUUGAUACGGCCAACGGCCACAUUUUAAAAUCCCAAACAGUAGAAUCUUUUAUAAUUUUACCUCGUUAAUACGGCUACUCGUUCGAAAUUUAGAAAAUUAAAAUGCGUGAGCCUGAUCUUGUAUCGGUUUUUGAAAUACAGUACACCUAAAAUGCAUUUGUACUAUUUGUGGUGGUUAAAUAGCCGAUUUUUAUAAUGUAGACACGAGUGUUUUACUGGAAAAUAAACCACUCGUAGAAUUCAUAAAAACUACAUCCGGGACCCGAGUGGUUUAUUUUCCAUAAUCUCACACGUGAGUUUAUCGAUGACGUAAUUUUGGUAAUUUCCCUCUAUUAUUUUAUCGAUGUCAUUUUGUCUAUAUAAUAAAAAGUGCGCUCGUUUGUACAAUAUUGUUUUACCACUCGAAAAUAAAAUUCAUAUCUUCGCGCCACCGUGUAAUAUCCUCUAUUUAAAAGUGUUUUAUGCGCUGAAGGAAAGUUUAGCCCUUCGAUGACCGCGUUGGUCGUUUUCGUUCCGGGAACGAUGCAUAUCUUUCUUCCUGGAUCCAUUAAGGUUUCAGUGUAAGUUAAUAAAUUGGUGAGCGACAACGUAAGCAAAGAUAGAUCUUUCCAGCGAUAUCUCGUUUUGGAUAUUCUGACCAAUGCUAACAGAGUUACACUCACAAAAAAAGGUAACAUUUUGGGGGAAAAUCCACUGCCAAUUUGGCUGUUUACCUACUACUCUUUGAAAAUUAUAUUUGUUCCUUUCCUAAAAAGUUGCCCAGCCACAAUUCCAUUCCAUUCCAUUCCAUUCCAUUUUCACGCAACAAUUGUAGAAUAAAAUUAAACAAGAGGUAUACACGUUAUCGCUAAAAUAAAUGGGAACAUUUGUCUGUGUUGUUUUUAAGUCUGAUCUGGGAUCGUCUGAUUACGUACGACGCAAACAGCUUUCGAUCAAGAUUCAGAACUUUGCAGCUGCAAACUUAACAGAACGUCAACGGAAUUAGCCUCCCACGCGGGCGUUUUUAGGGGAGCUCGUAUUUCGUCCCUCCCCACAAACGCCUGCUCAACCGGGGACAACAUUCCUUUCCCACGCGUAGUCUAUCACGUUGUACUUUCCAAAUUCUGGAAAGUUGACCUUGACCGCAGCGUAACCCGAUAAUUACGCGAUCUGCAUGAGACUUUGAGAAACCUGCAUGACCUCUAAUAAAUAUUAGACUCAGAGCGGCAAAAGUAAGAUUUACUCAGUCAGAUUUUAGAAUUCGCGGUGCACUGCAUAACCUUAGCGAAGGAAAAAAAAAGCAGGAAAAAGGUAACUCUGGGGUCAUGUUCUGGGUAACGUUUUUACAGUAUCACGGGCUUAUAAGUCUUGUUUAGCCUGUCAACACUGUUGAUUGGUCACUUGCCACGCGAAUAUGACAAUGGGAAAGGAAUGUCCUCCGUUGAGCAGGCGUUUCUGGGGAGAGAAGAAAUACAAGCUCCCCUAAAAACGCCUGCGUGGGAGGCUACAACGGAAUGUGUCCUGAACUUUAUCGCUCAUAAUUAAGAAUAAAGUAAUUGAAUAAAACAAGUUCAUUGUAAGAAAGAUAGCAGUCAGCAAUUCAAAAGAAAUGUCGUGAAAAUCAUAAUCUGUCGUACUUGGCUGUCGUUGGGGUCUGGCAUCUCUUGAUUCGGCGUUUUCCUGUGUCUGGUCAGUUUACUUCCAGUUUGUAAUCAGAGAGACAUUUUUGUGAAAGUUUAACCGUCAAAAAUUAUUGGAAAGUAAAGAUUUACACAUGCAACUAUGCGUCUAUGUGCUAGGCAAGCUAGGCAAUUAUUCUUUUAGUUUCUUUAAUCCGUAAGACUUGAUUUCCUAAAAAGGAUAUACUUCCUAAUUGUAUUCCAUAUUUCAGGUGUUUUCACAGCCGCAUUUGAUUCUCAAUCCGAGUGGCUCAUUGUUAAAGGGAUAGCUGAUUUUGCGGAUGGUGAGCAAGCGACUACAGAAAGAUGGGAAACCUGUGCCAGUGUGAUGGCAGCAUCUCUUGUCUCACACAUUUUAGGUGAUCCCGGUGUUUUCCGCACUUGGCCUCAUUACUCAGGUAUAUUAUAAAUUCUUGUCAGUUUGGUGUGUGAUGAUUAGGCGCAGAAGUAACAGGCCGAACUUGGCGUCAGUAAAAACAAUGUCUUGAAUGUUUAUUGAGUGAGGCAGUGUGGAAGAUCAGAUCCGAGAUCAAAAGACUGGUCAGUAUUUUCCUCCGUUUUGAUAUUCCAUCUUCAUUGCCAAGUGGCGUGAAAUUAAGAGUUAGAAAGAAGCACUUGUGAGGAUUGGCGUCGUGACCCCAAUUUUUAUACGCUCAACGUUAAGUCUAGCACUAGUGAGUUAGACAAACCUUAGGAAAAUGUGCGUCGUUUCUGGUCAAAAAUUCAGAUUAUACAUUCCUUCCUUAGCUAUAAAUUGCGUAUCGACUAAGAGCAAGACCCAAAACACUCAAGUUGACCUUGCCUGGAUCUUUCAGUGGAUGGUCUCUUGGAGGCUCAGCUCGAUAAGCCAGCCUGGCUCUCGACUGAGCUGAUUUUAAGCCAGUUCAUUCUUUUGUACCGAAUCACAGUCUAUUAAAACAAGAAAAUGUGCUAGUAACAUCCAAAUCAACCUUUAAUAUGCUGUUCAGUUGUCGGUCUACAGUCAGUUUUAGGCAAGUCUCGAGGAGACUGCAAAUCAAUAUUGGCAAUUCCAUAUAGAAAUUAACCAAACCUAGAAGAAGUUAAACGUUUGUGACGUUUUAUACCAUUCCGUGGCACUUUAGUGUCAACCCCGAACUUUUGACCGAAUCACAAAGAAUUUACAGCUACCCACAUGACCUUGCGGUCUUGUCGAGUACGCAUGAGACCUUUAAGUACGACAACGUUAACCGAAAUAGAUGUUGUGGUUCAAUUUUAUCCUUGGUUCAAAUUUUCUUUUCUUUUGUUUCAAACUCAUUAUCAUGUCAUUAUCGUACAUUUCCAUACCCAAAAACAAAAGAAAAGAAAAUUUGAACCAAGGAUAAAAUUGAACUACAACAUAGAUAUACACGAUGUUUCCAGCGUCUCAACCAACGAUUUUUCUUCACCAGGAGCUUUGUGCGACGACCAGAGCUCAACACAAACCAAAAGGGGAGUCAUGUAUACUGUCAGUACAUCUCAGCAAACUGAAUCCACAAUCCAGCAGCAUCUUGCAGGUAUUUUUCGUUAACAACGCAUGUUGAAAUUGUGACAUUUCAUAAGUCUACAGUCAGUUUAUGGUUAGCAUCUUAUUAGUACUGCUUCAGACUGUUCCAGGCUCCAAGAUAGUCGGGUCUGCGAAAUUGAGAGCGCGAACACGCCCCCUUUUCGCAGAUGACACGUUCAAGUGCCUUUCACUUAGGCGCCAUCCCUACUCUCUGAGAGUCUGGAACAGGCUAGUACAGUUUUUGACGAGACUAACAGCAACACCCCUAAAUUGCUCAAAAUGGUGCGGUAUGGUAAAGUUUUCUAUUUUAAUAAGGCUUCAUUGUAUUCAGGGAAAACUAUAGACACCAAACAGCUUAGCUUGAUCUCCCGAUUUUUUUUCUGAGGGAGUGGGGACGUCUGUACACAGGUUACAACGGCUUUAUUUUUGCGUUUGUUACUCAACAAACAGAGAGUGAAAACGGAGUAAUACUGGAUAGAGUGACUAAUUUGCGUGUGGGGCUCGCGUGCGACACACGCCAAAAGUGCUCGUCGUCCACGGUGCUCUGUGUCUAAGUAGCAGCGUUUAAUUUUCUGAAAGAAAAAGAAACUGUUUGGUAGUCUAGGAAAAAAAUGAGCCGAUCACAAGCCAUUUCAACAUAAAAAAAAGACCCUCCCACGUACUUUAACUAUUUUAAUUGCGACCAUUUGAAAAAAUCCGUCAACACCACUGGAAAGAACACACUAAAAUAACUAAAGUUGCUAAGUUAAAGUGGUGUGAUUUGUUGAAAACUAACCAAUAAAUAUAGCUCCAGAAAGUCGCGAAGUUUUACAUACGUUUCUAUGGAAGAGAGCAAGUUUAUUUCCUCCAUACAAAAGUCUGUAAAACUUCGGGACUUUGACGAAGAAUAUCUUCUGUCGCUCAGCCUACCGUGUGGCACGAAAUCUUUGCAGGUUCUAAUUUUUACAAUUUUUUCAGCGAUCCGCAAAAAUAAGUUCCCGCAAAUAAAAAUUACCGCAAACAUUUUCUUGCAAAAAUUUACUCCAGAGUAAAUAUUCUCUAACUUUAAUUCGCUAGACAAACAAAACAGUACUAAGAAAUCGUGUCUGUUCAAUCACAACUUGUCUCUUUCAUUCAGAAACAAAACGGUAUACAAUGAAAUACUGGUUUAUUUGUGUGAAAAUAUCUAUGUCUGUUGCACGUUCUCACUAAAAACGAAAGUUCAGGAAAUAUUAUCAAUGCUGGGUACUGGGUACUUUCAGAAAACCGCAAAAAUUAAUUCCCAGCAAGAAAAACCACUCUGUAAGAGGCUCUACACUUCUUCUCGUACAAACCCAAAUGAUCCUCGUUUUGACGUGUUUUUCGACAGUUCAACCCUUCCACAGCUGUCUCCACAUCAAGCUGACAGCUGCGACGGUCUUUUGACAAAAGAAGAAUGUUAUGCCUGACUUAAAAGUUUUUCCAAAGGCAAGUCUCCCGGUACGGAUGGCUUAACUGCGGAAUUUUUUCUUUCCUUUUGGAAGUUAUUAGGGCAAGAAUUAGUUGACAGCUUUAAUUAUGCUUUUGAGAAGGGUGAAAUGCCUAUUUUUUAAAAGAGAGGUCUCAUCACUCUAAUUCCAAAGGAAGACAAAGACAGGACUCUUUUGGAUCAUUGGAGGCCUAUCUCGCUUCUGAACACAGACUAUAAAGUUACCACUAAGUCAAUCGCAGCAAGAAUUGCGAAAAUGCAGCUACCCAGCCUUAUACAUGAGGGUAGACGGGAUAUAUCAAAGACCGUUUUAUUGGUCAAAACAUACCGUUAAUAGCAGACAUUAUAAAGUGCACAAAAACGCUAGAAAAUCCAGGUAUAGCGUUGUUCUUGGAUUUCAAAAAAGCCUUUGACAGUUUAGAGUGGAACUUUAUUAAAAAGGCUUUUAUAGAGACGUUUAAUUUCGGCGCUUCUUUAAUACAGUGGGUCAAUACUGUUUGAAGCAAUAUUCAAAGCUGCGUUAUAGAUAUUGGUUAUGCAACGCCGUUUCUCGAAUUAGAGCGCGGUAUAAGGCAAGGUUGCCCUCUUUCUGGCGAACUCUUUGUACUCGCUGUUUAAAUUUUAGCAAAUUCAAUAAGAAACGACAAAUUGAUAACGGGUAUAAAUUUCAAAGGCAGGGAGUAUAAGUUAUCUCAAUACGCGGAUGACACCUCAUGCUUGUUGCGCGACGGAAAGUCAGUUGAAAACCAUUUCGAGAAGUUAGAGGCUUUUAGAGGGCUUUGCGGAUUAGAGCUGAAUAGAUAAAAAACGGAGGCAUUGUGGUUGGAAAAAACUAGACCACAAUCGACAAACCUUUUCAACAUAAACUGGCCCACGAAGUGCGUUUGUCUAGGCGUUUCUUUCUCAUGUGAUUCGGAAGCUUCAACAAAAGAUGGUUAAAAAAAAGUUUGUCGUCCUGGAAAAGUGUCUUAACGUCUAGUCCUCUGGAGAUUUAACACUCUUUGGAAAAAUAGCCAUUAUCAAAAGUUUAGCUCUUUCAAAAAUAAUUUUCAUUUCCUCUGUUCUCAGCGUUCCCUCUGGUUUUGUCGAUCAAGUGAACAAAUCUCUUUCCAACUUUGUAUGGAACCACAAACCACCCAAAAUCAAGCGCUCAACAAUGAUUGGAAAGAUAAAUGACGUCGGACUCAGCAUGCCUGAUUCCGAUAUAAUAGAUAAAUCUUUGAAGGCAGGGUGGGUGGAAGACAAUACCGUUUAGCCUUUUAGACAGUGUGGGUGGCCUGUUGUUGUUUAAAUGUAAUUGUUCGUUAAGAACGUUACCCGAGCUCCCUCUACUGCCACUUUUUUACCGAGUUGUUUUCAGUGCUUGGGAGAGCAUAUCCAAGCACACAGCAAGGACAAAGAACGAAAUCGAAAAUGAGAUCUUGUGGAAUAAUCAUGAAGUCACUAUCGGCAACAAAUCUUUUUUUUGGUACGAUGCUGGCGUAACGACCUUGCCAGACAUCCUAGACAAGAAAGGAAAGUUCUUGACGUUUACAACAUUCAUUGAGAAGUACAAAAUUAACACAAACUUUCUGUGCUGUAUUGGCUUGUGUAAAAAAAUACCAAGGCAUUGGAGGGAAGUCUUUAGACGUGAUAAGGAAAAUGACGUGGUAGUUUCGGAUGAGUCAGUUCAGCUAUUUAAGAACUCACCUCCCACUUGCCGGCAAGCACGCGCGUUUUAUGUAUCUAAAACUUUCCAAAAACCUACAUCGGAAGUUCGUCUUGUUGAGGCUGGCUUCACAGAUCAGACAUUUGCGGUGUUAUACGUUCUUCCAUUCAAGCUGACAAAAAACAUAAAGCUUUCUAUGUUUCAGUUUAAAAUAAACCAUCACAUCCUAUACACUCGCGACAAACUUUUCAAGGCCAACAUUACUGACCGUGAUUCCCGUCAUAUGUGUAAAUUGAAGCAGACCGUAGAGCAUCUGUUUGUCGAAUGCCAGCAUGUCCACUUCUUCUGGAACCUUUUUACCUCAUGGUGGAACGGUAAUAACUCGCCCUAAGUGUCCUUGACCAGUAACGAUAAGAUUUACGAAUAUAUCGCUGAGAAUCGAUCCUUCUAUACGUUUAAUCUUUGCUUGAUAGUCGCUCGUUUUUAUAUCUACACUGCAGCCAAAGAAAGCGAACCAUAUAGUUCCUUAGCCUUUAAAGCUUUUCUGAAAUAUUUAAAUUAUUUAUAGAGCCUUCAAGUGUCCGUGAAUCCUUGAGCCUUUAGCCGCAAACAAGCUUGACUUGUUCAGUUAUUUCCAUGUGUUAUUUGGUUAUUUUUUUUAAUUUAUCUAUUUAACUAUUCAUUUUUUGUAAUUAAUAAUCGCAACAUCCUGUAAAAAAAAAAACAAUAACAAAAAGGAAGGAAUAACCACGCUGUCCAAAAUCGCAAAAAUUAGUUCCCGCAAAACGCAAAAAAUCGGCAAUCCGCAAAACUAAACUCCCGCAAAAUUUCGUGCCAAACGGUAUGUUGGGUUAUGAAAGUAUUUCUUCACAUAAUUCAUACUUCUUCUCAGGAUUAAGAAUCAUUAGAGGUAUCCCAAAAAGGUCUUUAACUCGUUCGUUGUGCAACAUUACAAAAGCAUAAAAGCGUAUCGUAGGCGAUAUACAGAGCGUGGACAGCUCGUACACUGUGUGACAGUGUUAUAAAACCAAAUCGAUCUUAUUUUUAGUAUCUUGUAUUUCCCAGGGGUGCCAAGUAUCAUAGAAAGGAUUCGUCAGCUUUACAAACGUCGUGAAGGACGGCUGGUACCAUUUCCAUGGUGUGAUGACCUUAAUUUCAACCUGAAUGAGAUUUUCACCCGACUGAAGAUCGUUAACAAAGAAAAAACCCGAGGAACAUUGACCGAUGAUGAAAUCACCAACAUGACUGCUAUCUUUAGACCCCAACCUGAUUGCCCGAAACCACGGAUUCUUUUGAUCGAAGGAGAACCUGGCAUGGGAAAGACCACCUACUCACAAAAACUGGCGUAUGACUGGGCAAAUAAACAAGAUGAAUGGGACACGUCUUUUCCAUCAAUUGAAGUGCUGGUCUUGCUUAGAUGCAACGAUGUUAAAUCUGGCAUCUGGGAAGCUAUUGACGAUCAACUUCUUCCUGAUGAUAUUGACGAAGAGGCUAAGGAGAAUUUUUUCAAAUACAUCCGAGAAAAUCAGGCCAAAUGUUUGCUACUGCUUGAUGGAUUAGAUGAGGCAGAUCCCUUUCAACUGGAUAUGUACUACUCGCUCGUUGAGAGUAAACUCCUCCCAGCUUGUCACAUUGCCAUUACAUCUCGCCAUGAGGUUGGAAAGAAAGUAAGGCGGUACUGUGACACCCUUUGGGAGAUUGUAGGAUUUACUAACGAGGAUGCGGAAAGUUUUAUUAGAAAGUAUUUUAAAGGCAAGGAACAUUUGGCUGAGAAGCUGAUUAAACGAUUGAAACUUCUAGAGUAUGAUGAUGAUGAUGAUGAUGCUGAUGAUCCACUUGCAACGCUAGGCGAGUUAACAAAAAAUCCACUCAAUACAGCUUUACUCUGCUGUCUUUUCGAGGAUUUCGAAGAUGUUCUUCCAACAAGCAGGACUGAGUUGUACCUUGAAAUAGUUACCUUUGUUUUAAGAAGAUACGAAGUAAAAAACGGACUUGAAAGCAGCAAUGAAGACUUGAUUUUAGGUUAUAGGAAAGAACUUUUGCUUUUGGGCAGCUUCGCGUUAGAAUCACUCCUUAAAGGAGAGUCGUACUUUGAGAAGAAGGAAGAUACCGUCAAGCUUAUCAAUUUUGGAUUCUUGUCUUUUCAACAAGGUGGCGCCAAGCGCAAACCUUGCACGCGCUGUACAUUUUUACACAAAAGCUUUCAGGAAUUUUUUGCAGGCUUAUUCCUUGCGUUUCAGAUUCUCAACAAAGAAAGAGACUUUACCUCCGUUGUAGAUGAUGAGAGAUACUUGGAUAAACUGAGACAGGUCUUUUUGUUCAUGAGUGGCAUCAUAGCUUCACGGAGUGAGGAAACUGCAGUGUCGUUCGUUAGUGGUAUCGCUAAAAAAAUCAACCCUACCGGAGACCUUAAAUAUAUGACUAUAGCUUGUGAGUUUUUGUCGGAAUUUUCAAAUGUUAAGAAAAGCCUUGAAACUCGCUUAGUUUCUACUUUAAGUGAGAACCUUGACAUGUCGUCCCUGACUGAAGUGAAUUUUGAGGGCACGUGGAUGUACGAUGCUGGUGCUGCUGCGAUUUCUCAGGCCCUCACAGCAAACUCCUCCCUGACUAUUUUGAAUUUAGCUCUUAACGGUAUUGGCGACGCAGGUGCUUCUUAUCUUUCUCAGGCCCUCAAAGAAAACUCCUCCCUGACUUGUUUGGAUUUAGAUUUUAACAGAAUUGGCGACGCCGGUGCUGCCUCUCUUUCUCAGGCCCUCACAGCAAACUCCUCUCUGACUAGUUUGGAUUUGAAUCAUAACAGAAUUGGCGACGCUGGUGCUGCUUCUCUUUCUGAGGCCCUCACAUCAAACUCCUCCCUGACUAGUUUGGAUUUAGGUUUUAACAGAAUUGGCGACGCCGGUGCUUCUUCUUUAUCUGAGGCCCUCACAGCAAACUCUUCCCUCACUAGUUUGGAUUUAUCUUAUAACAGGUUUGGCGAGGCCGGUGUUUCUUCUCUUUCUCAGGCCCUCAAAGUAAACUCCUCCCUGACUAGUUUGAAUUUACAUGAUAACAGAAUUGGCGACGCUGGUGCUUCUUCUCUUUCUCAGGCCCUCACAGCAAACUCCUCCCUGAUUAGUUUGGAUUUAUUUUAUAACACGUUUGGCGAGGCCGGUGUUUCUUCCCUUUCUCAGGCCCUCAAAGUAAACUCCUCCCUGACUAGUUUGACUUUAAAUGAUAACAGAAUUGGCGACGCCGGUGCUUCUUCUCUUUCUCAAGCCCUCACAGUAAACUCCUCCCUGACUUUUUUGAAGUUAAGUUCUAACAGUAUUAGCGUCGCCGGUGCUUCUUCUCUUUCUCAAGCCCUCACAGUAAACUCCUCCCUGACUAUUUUGAAUUUAAAUCAUAACAGAAUUGGGGACGCCGGUGCUUCUUCUCUUUCUCAAGCCCUCACAGCAAACUCCUUCCUGACUCGUUUGUUUUUAACUAAUAACAGUAUUGGGGACGCCGGUGCUUCCGCUCUUUCUCAGGCCCUCACGGGAAACUCGUCCCUGACUAGUUUGGAUUUAGGUGAUAACAGAAUUGGCGAGGCCGGUGCUUCUUCUCUUUCUCAAGCCCUCACAGUAAACUCCUCCCUGACUAUUUUGAAUUUAAAUCAUAACAGAAUUGGCGACGCCGGUGCUUCUUCUCUUUCUCAAGCCCUCACAGCAAACUCCUUCCUGACUCGUUUGUUUUUAACUGAUAACAGUAUUGGGGACGCCGGUGCUUCCGCUCUUUCUCAGGCCCUCACGGGAAACUCCUCCCUGACUCGUUUGGAUUUAGGUGAUAACAGAAUUGGCGACGCCGGUGCUUCUUCUCUUUCUCAAGCCCUCACAGCAAACUCCUCCCUGACUAUUUUACGGUUUUCUUGGUAA